AACGCUUCUUUCAAAAGCAGCAACAGUUCGUCAGACACCUCCGUAGCUUGAUAGACAAAAUAGACGAACCAAUAAAGCUCUUUAGUCGCUUUAGUGUAUAUUUAACACUGUGUUUUAAACACACUUCUGUCGUCUACUAAGUUAUCCGAUUUAAUUUCAUAUUUACGGUGUUGUUAUUGGUCAUCUAGUUAAGUUAAGUUUUAUUAAGUUAGCAUUAGCCUAGCUAGCUAAUAUCCCCGACCAUGAGUUCACUAAGCUACUCUCCUCCUGUAAAAGAAGAGGAGGUCUGCUGGACGGAGGAAGAAGCUCUGGUGAAAGAGGAAGAGAAAGAUGUUACAAUAGAAAAACAAGUAGAGGGCGAGGCUGCUACAGUGAAAGAAGAAGAGAAAGACGUUUCAGUGAAAGAAGAGGAAGACUCGUUCAGAGUGAAAGAGGAGGAGGAUGUUACAGUAAAAGAAGAGGAGGAUGCAGUUUUUGGAGUGAAAGAGGAGGAGAGGGAGAUGACUGUUACAUCGAAAAAAGAGGAGGAGGAGGAAGAGGAGGAAACUGGAUAUCUGGGCCCGGUUUCCCAAAGUCAUCUUAAGGCAUCCAAUGGUUCUAACGAUGAACUUAACCGUGAAAUGGUUUUGAGAAACCGUUCCCUGAUUAACACUAGAGAGAGACGUGACUCUUGUGGAUUCUCUGGGGAGCCUCACAAACAUCAUGAAGCUGACGAGGCAGAGAAGAGUCUCUCCACAUCAGAACACCUCAAGAAACACCAGCGGAAACCCACAGGGAAGAAAUCUCACCGCUGCUCUGUCUGUGGGAAGAGUUACUCAAGAUCAGAUUCACUGAAGGCACACCAGAGAAUUCACACAGGGAAGAAGUCUCACCACUGCUCUGACUGUGGGAAGACUUACUCAAGAUCAGAUUCACUAAAAGUACACCAGAAAAAAACACAUUGGAGAGAAACCUCACUGCUGCUCUAAUUGUGGGAAGAGUUGCACCUCUUUAGCAACCCUAAAAAUACAUCAGAGAAUCCAUAGAAGAGAAAAACCUUAUAGCUGCUCUGAUUGUGGGAAGUGUUUUGUUUUGUCAGGACAUUUAAAAUCACACCAGAGAACCCACACAGGACAGAAACCUUAUAGCUGUCAUCUAUGUGGGAGGAGUUUUAGGCACUUAAGCAGCCUGAUAGUACACCAGAGAAUACACACAGGAGAGAAACCUUACCAAUGCUCUGACUGCGGAAAGAGUUUUGUUUCGUCAGGACUUUUAAAAUCACACCAGAGAACACACACAGGAGAGAAACCUCAUAGCUGUGAUCAAUGUGACAAGAGAUACUCUGAUAAAAGAUCUCUGAUUAAACAUCAGAAAAUACAUACAUGAAGGAGUUGUUCAAUGUGAGAAGAGUUUUACUGAAUCUAGAGAGUUGACUUUGCACCAGAGAAUACGUCAUAUCAAUGAAAAAAAUGUCACAAUGCAAUAGGAGUAGGGUAAUGAUGUCAUAAUGAAGAAACCCUAAAUGUUUGUUUGAUUUCAGCUGUGGAUUGAAAUGAAAGAUGAACUAUUUAUGUGAUUAGCCAAAAAGUGUUUGCGUUAUGAAAAGAAAACUACAUUGUAGUUAAAAAUAUUUAGUUUUUUUUUUCAAUUAUGAUAAAUAACUGAGUUUUUAUUGGUACAAUUAUAUUGUUUACUAACAAUGUAGUAAAACUAGUUUAUAUUUCUGGUUGGAUAUUACAUCCUAUUCUUACUAUUUUAAUCAAUGUCUUUUCCUUAGAAUGUUCAUUAGUCUUUCAGUUUUUAUUCUCAUUUUUUUUCUGUUUGUUGUGUUGGAAAUAUUUAUCUUUAUCUUUUAUUGUCAUUGUUUUUAUUCAUUGUUUUUUUCCUGUGAAUCCAUUGUGUUGCAUUGUGUCUGAAAUGUGCUGUAUAAAUAAAGCUUGAUUUGAUUUGAA